AUGCAAAGCCAACAGCGCAUUGAUGCGUUAGACGACGAAACUGUUGCGCUCCUGUCCCAGUAUCACAGUGAGCUUGAGCGUCUUUCAGACCUUGAAACGUACAACACCAAUAUGCGCAAGAUGCGUGCCAGCCAGGAACUCGAAAAAGAGCGACUCAGCGCAGAACUGACUGAAGUCGAAGUUGUGCGGCGCGAGUUGUUUCCAUUGAUGGUUGAAAUGAUUGACCUGCUGGAUCGGUUCAUUGAAUUAGACCAGCCGCUCCUGCUUGUGGAACGAAAAGCUCGAUUAGCCGCAUUACGCGAAAACCUGAAUCGGUCAAACGUUACGCUGGGCGAAAAAUAUCGCCGGGUUAUUGAGGCCUACCAGAUAGAAGCUGAAUAUGGUCGCAGCAUUGAGGCUUAUGAAGGUUCUCUGACGCUCGAUGGUCGCGACCUCACGGUCGAUUUCCUGCGUGUUGGCAGACUGGCUUUGUAUUACAUAAGCCUUGACGGCAGCGAGGCUGGUUUGUGGGACCCAGCGGAAAAACAGUGGCACGACCUUGAUGAAGAAUAUUUGUCUUUACUGGAUUUUGCGCUUCGGGUUGCGCUCAUGAAGGCGUUCAAGGGUUUUGCUCUCCUGCAGGUUUUCCUGUUUACGCUGGCCACCUAUGGGGCGGAGUCUGCAAGUCAGGAAGCCCAGGCCCAGCCUGAGACCCUGGCCGAACUUGUGCGUAGUGUGCGGGACAAAACCGCACGCAAUCAGACCAGGCUGGCUGAGCGUGAGCAACGGUUUAUUGCCGCUCGGAAUGAGCGUGCGCAGCUUCUACGGGAUGUCAGGCAACGGCGACAGGCUGCCGAAAACGAAGCCGAUAGAUUGCGCGCUGAGUUUGAAACCGGUGAGGAAGAGCUUGCAGACCUGGAAACAAAGCUGGAUGAAAAUGCCGGCGAUCUGCGGGAAGUUUUCUCUGUUGUAAGGCAGGUAGCGGGUGACGUUGCACCUAUAUUGCAGAACUCUUUAGUCGCUGCACAAAUGGGUCAGCGCAGCGAGCUGGUUGAGCGACUGGCCUCGGGUGAACGCAACCCGACGUCUGCCGAACUUCGCGAGCUCUGGCUGACACUUCUGGAUGAGAUGGAAAAAAGCGGCCACGUUGCGCGUUUUGAAACCGAAGUCAUUACCGCCACCGGCGAAGAAGUGAUGAAACAGGUCACGCGUAUCGGGACGUUUACAGCAUUGGCGGAUGGUCAAUAUUUAAGGUUCCUGCCAGACAGUGGCAAACUGCUGGCACUUGCGCGUCAACCCGCAGGGACAAGUGCCGGCGAGGCGUUAAAAUUUGAACAAGCACAACAACCCCUGACUUCGGUUGCCAUAGAUCCGUCGCGAGGCUCCAUUUUAGCCCUGAUUGUGCAGACACCAGAGAUGUCAGAACGCAUAAAACAGGGUGGUGUCAUCGGUUAUCUCAUACUUCUGAUCGGAGCAAUCGGUGUCGCGUUGGGGGCCUAUCGACUGGCGGCCAUCCUGCUUACUCAGCGCAAAGUACGCAGGGAGCAAAGCGAUCCAGCGCGGGAUGACGGACAUACCAUCGCCACCUUACGAAAAGUCGCCCAGGAUGACGCUUAUCAGCUUGAUGCCAGUGCGUUAUCGGCAAAACUGGAUGAGGUGGUUGCCGGAGCUGCUGAACGACUCAAUAGGGGCUUACCUACGCUGGCGAUCAUUGCGGCUGUCAGUCCUCUGUUGGGGCUGCUCGGAACGGUGACCGGCAUGAUCGAAACCUUUCAGGUCAUCACCCUGUUUGGCGCUGGCGAUCCAAGACUCAUCGCGGCGCCCGGGCCGGUGCAGAUCGUGUUUAGCGAGUUGCUUGCACAAAGUGAGUUGUUUGCUGCCGGUGGGUGGGUGCUCAUCGCCAUAUUGUGUAUAUCCAGUGUCAUGUGGAUGCUGAUCCUGGAGCGCUAUGUGUUCUUUUUCCGUAUCCGGCCGCGUCUGGUACGUGAAAUUUUUCAACAGUGGCAAAGCGCCCGGACAUCUGAAGCUGAAGUUAAUGAACGUAUCAGGGUUGGCCUGACAAAUCAGUUCCGCGGCUAUCUUUCCAGCUGGGUAAGUACCAUCCAGGUACUCACAGCCAUUCUUCCACUGCUUGGUCUGCUGGGUACAGUGAUUGGCAUGAUCAAGACCUUCGAGGUUAUGACCGCCUUUGGAUCCGGCAAUGUGCGCGGCAUGGCAGAAGGCAUAUCCCAGGCGCUGAUCACCACAAUGGCUGGUUUGAUGACGGCGCUGGCAGGUAUGUACUUCGCGAGUGAUCUCGACAAUCGUAUUGAUCGUGAGACUGAACACCUCAGUCAGGAAGGCGGAAACGCGGCGAUUAAUCUAACGCCGCUGAUCGACAUGGUUUUCAUUCUGCUGAUAUUUUUUGCGGUCAAUUCCACGUUUGUCAAAUUGCCGGGCGUAGAGAUUGAUCAACCCAGCGCCAAAUCGACCACAGUGCAAAAGGCAGCGACCAUUCUGAUUGCGGUCACCGACGUUGGCGACAUCUGGAUCGACAAGAAAAAGAUCGACAUACGUCGAGUCCGUGGUGUGAUUGAACAGAUGUUCCUGGAGAGCCCUGAUGCUUCAGUGGUGGUUCUGUCGGAUCAGGAUUCACGUACUGGACUUGUCGUGGAGGUCAUCGAUCAGGCACGACUGGCAGGAGCAAGCAAGGUUGCCAUCGCCGCUGCGGAAGCAUAUGCGGCUAUCGGGCUGCUGGCGAUUGCUAUUAACAUCAUCCUCUACAUCACCAUGGAGAACAUGAUCUCCAGAGAUCGCGUACGUCUGUUCGACGCGGUGGACGCACAAACCAUCGAUUUUGUCCGUGCUGAUCUGGAGAAUGAAACAAAAAUUAAAGAUCGUCGACGCAAGCCGCCACCAAAACCCCAGGAGAUCAAGCGCCCACAGGCGCGUAUGGAUCCGAACAUUGCAGCAGAGGCCACAGAACUGCCAACUACUGCUGCGAUGAUGAACAUCACCAGUUUCCUUGCAGAUGGGGGUGGGGUUGCGCUGGGCGCUCAACUGGUCCAAGGCAGUGGCGAUUCCAUGAUGGAUAUCAUGAUGGCCAGUGAGUUGACGGCACUCAGUCGCUUACCGCCGCAAUAUCCCCCUUCUGCGCUAAUGCGCGAACAGGAAGGCUAUGUCGACGUGUUAUUUGAAGUUGCGACGGAUGGGUCUGUACACAACGCGGUAGUCAUCGAAGCCAAUCCAACGCGGGUUUUCGAACGCGCGGCGCUGGCAGCGGUAUCCCGCUGGCGUUUCCAACCCGUUGUUCGCGAAGGUCGUCCGGUUUCUGUCCGCGCACGGGUACAUGUCGAGUUCAAUCUGCCGCCGCUGGAGGACUAG